ACCUCGUGUCUAUGAUGCGCGUUCCUGCUAAUUUGUGGACGCGCGCCUUGGGUCCACACGGGAUAAAGCAGCUCCUCCGUCCUCGUGAUUACUCGUCAUUCUUGAACAAGUGUUGGUUUCAACUGGAUAAGAACAUUCUGCUGUUUUGAUCUCGCGUGGAGGAGUGCGGGUCUCCACCAACCUCACGUACUGAAUAUGUUGCCAUCCUCGGCUUUGUCUCACACGAGACGAGACUGAGGACGCGUUGAACUUUUGUUUGCGCGCGGUUAUUUUGGGUUAACAUCCGUGCGGGCAGGGAUGUCUUCUUCACGCGUGGAUUACAUCCCGCCGUGGUGGACUUUUUGGCUGCAUAGUUUCCCGCGCUACAACCUGGAGCUGGAGCCCGUGGACAACGACUUCGAACCUUCCGAUUGGGACUACCUGCAGUCUCUGGUGUUUCUGAGCUGCACAGCAGCGGUGGUGCUGGGCGUCAACCUGCUUUGCCUGGCAGUUUACUUGAGCUGCUUGUGCUGCCGCCGCAAGGAUGACGAUGGCGACAGCGAGGUGGACAGCAAAAAAACGACGUCCCGCUGCGUCACUUGGUCGGCCGUCACCGCAGGCCUCGUCACUUGCGUGGCCGUGGGUGUGGGUUUCUACGGCAACAGCGAGACCAACGACGGCAUCUACCAAGUGACAUACUCGAUUUACAAUGUCAACAACACAGUGAGCGGCUUGAGCAUCCUGGUGAACACCACCAAGGACAUUGUGAACAGCAAGCUUAAACAGCAUCUGGACAGACUGGAAGAGAUCUUCGCUAUAAGCCCUCAAUAUGUGCAGACGCUGCAAGUAAUGAAGCAGAUUGCCCAAAACGUCGUGCAGCAACUGGUUGGUUUGCCAGACUUGAGCAGCAUGAACGUGGCGUCUAUAGCCAACCUGGUGGCCAACGUGGAGUACUACAGGUGGCUGGGCUACCUGCUGCUCCUCACGCUCGAUCUCGCCAUCUGCCUGCUGGCUUGUCUUGGACUCGCCAAGCAGUCUCGCGGUCUCCUCACCACGAUGAUGGUGUGUGGGGUUCUGACGUUGAUAAUCAGCUGGGUUUCGCUCGGAGCUGAGCUGGCCGCUGCCGUGGGUAUCAGUGACUUCUGUGUGGCACCUGACAAGUUCAUCACGAGUAAAAUCACAGGCCUCCUCGGCACAGAAAUCAUUCAUUACUAUGUUUACUGCAACCAGACGGUGACCAACCCAUGGCAGAAGCCUCUGACAGAUUUCCAGAGAUCCCUGACCACCAUGGAGACCCAGAUCCAAAACUUCCUGCAGAUCGCCGUGCCGCUCUUUCCUACUGCGGAGAAAGACUUGUUGGGAAUUCAGAAUGCCCUCAACUCGUCAGAGACUAGCCUCCACCAACUGACAGCGCUGUUAGACUGCAAGGGGCUCAACAAGGACUACCGGGAUACCAUGAUGGGCAUUUGUUAUGAUGGCGUGGAGGGUUUGCUCUACCUGUGCCUCUUUUCUGUGCUGGCGGCUUGCGCCUUCACCAUCAUGCUCUUCACCAUCCCCAGAGCAUGGAGACAGAUAGCCAGAAGGAGUCAGAGCAGAGGUGCAAAGAGAGUGACAGGGGAGAGACCUCUAUGUAACAGGAGUCAGAGCAGAGGUGCAAAGACAGUGACAGGGCAGAGACCUCUUUGUAACAGGUGAGUAAGAGAGGAGUAGGAGAGUAAUGAUUAUAAAGUGGAGAAAGGCAAGAAGAUGAUUAUAUAUACCACACAUACACCCCCCCCCACACACACACACACACACAAAACUUGGACACACCUUUUCAUUCGUGGGUUUUCUUUAUUUUAAUGACUACUUACAUUGUAAAUUUUUACUGAAGGUAAUAAAACCAUGAAUUGACAUGUGUGGAAUUAUGUACUAAGCAAAAAAGGUGAAAUAACUAAAAACGUAUAAUAUUCUAGUAUCUUCAAAGUAGCCGCACUUUGCUCUGAUCACUUUUUUGCACACUUGCUAUACUCUUGACUUCACAGGUAGGCCUUUUCAGGGUUAAUUAAUGGAAUUUAUUGCUUUAUUAAGGGGUUUGGGACCUUCAUUUGUGUUGCAUUGAAUGAGGUGUGUCCAAACUUUUGGCCUGUACUAUAUGUAUGUAUGUAUAUAUAAUGUGGACAGGGGUGUGUGUAAGGCAUAUUAGCUUGACCCAGAUACUGUAUUACUUAAAUUCAAUUAAUUUGUACUAUUUUUCAGGGUUUAAAAUUACAGCCAUUCUUGGAGCAAAAUGAAAUCUGUGCUACUAACAAAUAUUUGGGAACAAACAAUCAGUGUGUUGUGAGAAAGUCAUGGCAUGAGCCUCUGAUUUUAUAUGUAGAUAUACAUAUAUGUAUACCGUAUAUACAUAUAUAUAUAUAUAAUGUCUUUUUUAGCUGUUUGUGAAGUUUUGUGCUUGUACGCUGUGUUCGCUUACGUCUUGUGUAACUCCCCCUUCUGUUCUUCAAACCUGGUGACCCCCCUAUCAAUAAGUGUAUACAAAACCUUAUAAAUGCAUGUGUUAUUAUCAUAACAUUUAAUAAUAAUCUGAAAUAUGUAAAUAAAAUAUUAAUAUAAAUGAAUGUACAGUGGUACCUGUAGUGUAGUGUACAUGUAAAAAAAAAUAAAAUAAAGAAUAAAAAUUAUGGUCAUUUUCCCUUUAACUGUGGUCCUCACUUGCUUUUGCCCUCAUAAAUCACCAAUUGUUUGAAUUUUUCCACAAAUUCAUCGACCGCUUUGUGGUCGGCGCUACUUGACUCACCAUGCCGAACAACAGAGCGCAUUCCGGUCCUCUUUUUGAACUUCUCGAACCAUCCACGCGAUGCCUUAAACUCGCGGUGGUGUUCUUGCGCCGACAUUUUAAUAACGUGCCAAUUUUUAAUGUAUUACGGCCAGAUUCUUUGGCAAGAUCAGCCAAACACACCCCUUUUUCAUACUUUUCUUUUAUCUCUUGCUUUGUUUGUAUCGAAAAAAGGUAAU